AUGUCCACCCCUCAAGAAAUAUGUGAUAUGGUGGUGCAGGCGGUGAAGCAGAUAACGGGUGAAAGCAGCAACUCUGUUAAGCUCAAGCAACCCCAUGAGUACUCUGGUGAACGUGAUGUUCGCAUUAUUGACAACUGGUGCUCUGCUAUUGAGACACACAAGGAUUUCUAUGGCUGGGGUGAUGACAAGGCCUUCAUCUUUGCAAGUACUCUAAUGGCUGGUCGUGCUGCUGAAUGGUUGCGUGUGUACAAGGAGUAUCAUCCAAAUGAUGCGCCCAAGACCUGGACUGCGUUGAAAGCAGAGCUGCUUCAAAACUUUAGGCCUGCUAGAAGUGUGGAUGAUGCACGCGAUGCUCUUGAUUCUCUUGUUCAAACUGGCUCAAUGCAAGAAUAUUGCGAUAACUUCAUGGAUAUUAUCAUGCUCAUUCCCGGUAUGACACAAGAGGAACAGUGCCAUCAAUUCAGAAAAGGCAUACAAGACAUGGAACUCCAGGCUCAACUGCGUGAUUACCAACCAGCACAGAGAAAGAUCCAAACAUACUUUACCCAUGCAUUGAACUAUGCAGCUACAAGACCUCAUUUGGGUAGUAGUGGCACCUCUUCUUUCCCCUUUGGUGGUAAUCGUGGCAUGGUAGUAACAAGAGGUGCUCAACAACAAGGUUAUUCGUAUGGUACUGGUGGUGGUGGUGGUACUCAAGGUGGUGUUGAACCCAUGGAUCUUGAUGCAAUGACUGGUCGUGGUAAUAGCUCAACUGUUGUAUGUUACUUUUGUAACAAGCCUGGUCAUGUCAAGAGACACUGCCGUGAACGUAUCGAGGCUAUUCGCAAGCUGGAUAACACUCAUCGCUACAACAACGGUGGUUCUGGUUCACCCAAGGGCAAGAAGAAGCAAUUCUACAAGAAGCCAAGGAGACAAUUGAAUGCUAUGGACAAUAGUAAUGAUAGCCCUCCUCCCACUGCUCAUGAUGACAAUGAUGAUAAUAAAUUGAACACCACUUGUGAACACUAUGUGAAGGGAUCUUCAUUGAGUCAUAAGAAAACCAAGUGUCAAUUAGUAACAGCCAAAAUGGUUGAGCCUUUGUCAGCAAGGCUUGACAGUGAUGUCCCUCACCUUGAUCAACUUAACUCGGCCACAAGCUCCUCUUCUUGUGAUUUACCCUUGUAUGGCGGCUUUGCCUACUCUCAUGGCGGUGAUCGUCAUGUUCCAGUCAAAGUGUUGGUGGAUAGUGGUGCCAGUGAAUGCUACAUCAAGCCAAGCAUUGCUCAACAGCUCGAAGGUAUCUGGUCUAAGGUUGACAGAGAAGUGGAGACAGCUGGUGGCACUGUGCACAAAAUCACAGACAAACUUGAUUAUGUUCUCAACCUUCAAGGUUACAAGGUACCUGUAUCGUCCUUUGUAUAUGAUUCCAAGUUUGACAUUAUCCUGGGUAGAUCUUGGCUAAAACAACACAAGCCUCAGUUUAACUGGGAUAACGAUACACUUACCUUUUAUGACACAACUGUUGAAAACAUGGUGGCCAAGUAUCUCAUUACCCCUAAACAAGUUGACAGAUUGUUGAAACACAAGGAAGCAGAGGUGUAUCUGUUGCAUGUUUGUGAGGACCACAACAAGGAGGUGCAAAUUACUAUGAGCAUGGACACUGAGUGGAAAAAGCAGCUUAGUCAAGAGUAUCCUGGUGUUUUCCAAAGCAAGCUGUCUGGUGUACCGUCUACACAGGAGGUGGAGCAUGUAAUUGACACCGGUGACGCAGCACCCAUCAACAAGCCGGCAUACAAGAUGAGUCCUUUGGAGUUGGAUGAGCUCAAGAGACAGCUGAAGGAACUGCUUGCUGCCGGUAUGAUUCGUCCUAGCACGUCGCCAUGGGGUUCGCCUGUUCUAUUUGUCAAGAAAAAGGAUGGUUCUAUGCGCAUGUGUAUUGACUACCGAGCUCUCAACAAGGUGACAGUGCGUAACACCUUUCCACUGCCUAGAAUUGACGAAUGCUUGGAUCGUUUGAAGGGUGCAUCCUAUUUUUCUUGCCUGGAUCUCAAAAGCGGCUACCACCAAAUCCGUAUUAAGGACACCGAUAUUCCCAAAACAGCGAUAAAUACUCGAUAUGGUAAAUUUGAAUGGUCCGUACUAGGAAUGGGGUUGUGCAAUAGCCCACCUACCUUUCAAGCUUGGAUGAACAAACUGCUGGGCUACGAGUGCAUUGACAAGUUCGCGUUGUGCUACCUAGACGAUGUAUGUAUCUUUAGUCCCACUUUGGACUCCCACAAGAAGCAUAUCAAGAUUGUGCUGGACAAAUUCAAGGAGGCAGGAUUGAUCGUCAACAUUGACAAGUGUCGCUUUGCACAGCAAAAACUGGUGUUCCUGGGAUUCGAGAUUUGCCAGCAUGGCAUCCAACCCUCUGCGCAGAAGGUCAAGGCUGUCCAAGAGUGGCCAACGCCGUCGAACGUGCAGGAGGUUCGCCAGUUCAUGGGUCUUGCACAGCAUUACAGAAGGUUUAUCAAGGCGUUCGCUCACAUUGCAGCACCACUCACGAAUCUGACACAAGGUUCUGGCCCAAAAAAGAGAGCGAUCGAAUGGACGGAUGCGUGUGAGUCAAGCUUCCAGCAACUGAAGCAAUUACUUAUCUCUGCACCUGUGCUCAUGGUCCCUGACAUGUCAAAGCCCUUCAGGAUUGAGACCGAUAGCAGCGACUUUGGUGUUGGCGGUGUGCUAUUACAGCCUGGUGAUGGGGACAGCAAGCAAUGGCAUCCAGUGGCAUUCGAGUCAAAAAAGCUUUCCUUAGCAGAGCAGAAGUUACCAGCACAAGAAAGAGAGCUCAUUGGUAUUGUGCACGCGUUACGUACCUGGCGUUGUUACAUUGACGGUUGUCCUGGCGGCUAUGUGGUGUGUUGUGAUCACAACCCUUUGACUUAUUUCCGCACCCAACAGAAGCCUACGCCUCGUCUGGUCAGAUGGAUUGCCGAUUUGGAGAUGUUUGCUCCCAAGAUUAUAUACAAGCCUGGCAAGGAGAACGUCGUGGCGGACGCUCUGUCUCGUAUUGGUGAUGCCUCCCAACCUGCCAAGGAAUCUUUGGAGCCCCUUUACCUGUAUGCGUCAUGGAGUCAAUUGCCCAAGGAGUUGCAAUCUGACUGGCCUUUGUUGUAUGCUGCUGGCACGGAUGACAAGGUAAAAUCCAAGGAGCUCAAGGCUAUGCUGAAGCGAGAGAAGCCCAACUUUACCAUCAAGAAUGGCCGUUUGUUCCGUAUCGUCAAGCACAAGGAGGCAGACAAGCCAGCGUUGGAGGUUCCCUUUGUUCCCUUUUCUCAAAGAGCAGAUUUGGUGUCCAAGUACCACGAGAGCUUUGGCCAUGCUUCGGUCAGAAACUUGAUGCAUCUAAUGGGAAAGCGUUACUGGUGGCCACGCAUGAAAACGGAUAUCACAGAGUAG